UCCACUCGUAUUGAAAUGAAUGCUUACGGAACUAAAUCCCACCACUCGCUGCGCAUCGAUAUUAAGGUCGAGAUUGUUGACUUCAAGCUCCAACAGGCAAUGGAUCCCGAUGCCGAAGUCGAGCGCGACCUCUCCCCCUUCCUUCGCAUCUACAAGAGCGGCCGCGUUGAGCGCCUCCUCGGCACCGAAGUGCUCCCCGCUGGGACGGACCCCGCCACAGGCGUCGCCUCCAAGGACGUCCUGUUCGACCCCGACGCCGGCCUCUGGGUUCGCCUCUACCUACCGGACCUCGCGGGAUGCACCCCGGACAAGAGGCUCCCCGUCGUCGUCUACUUCCACGGCGGCAGCUUCACCGUCGAGACGGCCGCCUCCCCGACGUACCACAACUACCUCAACUCCCUCGUGGCCGCGGCCUGCGUGCUCGGGGUGUCAGUGAACUUCCGCCGGCCGCCGGAGCAUCCGCUGCCAGCGGCCUACGAUGACUCAUUGGCGGCGGUUCGGUGGGUGACGGAGACAGGGGAGGCGUGGGUCGCGGAGCGUGGGGACCUGGGGCGAGUGUUCCUGGCCGGGGACAGCGCUGGCGGCAACAUAGCGCACCAGGUGGCCCUGCGGGCGGGGGCGGAGGUUCUGGGCGGCGGAGCGGUGAUAAAGGGGCUGGUGUUGAUCCAUCCGUUCUUCUGGGGGGCGGAGCCGCUGGGUUCGGAAGAUCCCGUGUUCGGCGAGAGGAUCGAUAGCGUGUGGAGGUUGCUGUGCCCGGGGACCUCGGGCCUGGACGACCCCCGGGUGAACCCUCUGGCGGAGCUGGCGCCCAGCCUGGGGGCGCUGCCCUGCCGGCGGGUGCUGGUGGCGGUGGCGGAGAAGGACCGGCUGAGGGAAAGGAGCGUGGCGUACUACGAGGCGCUGCGGCGGAGCGGGUGGGAUGGGGAGGCGCUGCUGCUGGAGUCUGCGGGGGAGCAGCAUGUAUUCCAUCUCCAUAACCCCCACAGCGACAAGGCUCGAGCCAAGCUGCGAGCUGUGGUCGAUUUCCUUACGGCCGAGUGAUGUCGCCUUCGCCACUCUGUGAUGGCAGUGUAUUAUUUAUCUGUUCUAUCAUCUAUUAUCCUCCGUAUUAA